GAACCCCUCGCUGUCCGCCAUCUUGGCUCGAGCGAGCCUGUAACACGAACCCCCCCCUUUGCCCGUUCUCCCGGGCCAUUUCGGCUCCGACCGGCCCAGUUUCCUUGGACGUUAGAGGGAGGAGCCUGGCGUUUCUGGAAGUCGGAGGAACAGCCAGUCAAAGCCAGCCAGGCAGCAUCUGAGCCAAGCGGAGGAACUAGAGCGGCGAAGGGUCGGCUUGUGUUGGGAUUUUUAAUUUCAGUAUCCGCGCAGCGACGGACGGUGAAUGCAACUGAAUAAGACGUCGACAUGCACGUAAAGGUCUUCCGUUUGGGCUCGGGAAGCUGAAGCAUAUUGCAGCCCGGUCUUAUAACGUACGUGGGAUAAGCCAUCUGUGAUACACUGGGUGUGCUCAGCGCAAUAACGGCGUUAUUCCAACCGUCGGCUAGCUCCUAUUAACCCAGCUAGCCAACCAUUUUCGACAGCCCCGUUAGCUUGCGGAGCAUCUUUACUUGAGUGUGGAUGCUGCUGAGGGGGACUCGUAUCCCUACAGUGAAGAUUCAACCCUGAGGCAUGCAAAGAGGGGUGUUUUUCUGCAAACGAGCGAGGAAAUCUCCACGCCCCGGGGUCUGCUCAGUGGUUACUAUUUAGCUAACCGGGAGAGGAGCUCAAGUGAAGGUGGGGCCGCGGAAGGAGUGACAGCCUCGGAUACCAGCUAAUGUGGCUAGCCGGCUAACUUGUACUAUUCCUGUGGUCUUUUCUAUCACCAAGAGUGUGCUUACUGGCACUGUGGUUGCUCGAUUCAGCGUGAAAGUACGUUAACAUUGAUUCCUUCUUAACCAGUGUGGGUGGGAUACCUCGAGGAGAGCAUCCUCGUUUACCUGAAUGACCAUGGCGGACGACGACGUGCUGUUCGAGGAUGUCUACGAGCUGUGUGAGGUGAUUGGCAAGGGUCCCUUCAGCGUGGUGAGGCGCUGCAUCAACAGGGACACGGGGCAGCAGUUCGCAGUGAAGAUCGUGGAUGUGGCCAGCUUCACCUCCAGCCCUGGACUCAGCACAGAAGAUCUGAAGCGAGAGGCCAGCAUCUGCCACAUGCUGAAACACCCCCACAUCGUGGAGCUGCUGGAGACGUACAGCUCUGAUGGCAUGCUUUACAUGGUCUUUGAAUUUAUGGACGGUGCCGACCUGUGCUUUGAAAUCGUGAAGCGGGCCGAUGCUGGGUUUGUGUACAGCGAAGCAGUAGCAAGCCAUUACAUGAGGCAGAUUUUGGAGGCACUUCGGUACUGCCAUGACAACAAUGUGAUUCAUCGUGAUGUAAAGCCUCACUGUGUGCUGUUGGCCUCGAAGGAGAACUCUGCUCCAGUCAAGCUGGGAGGCUUCGGAGUGGCAAUCCAGCUGGGAGAGUCUGGAUUAGUAGCUGGAGGUCGGGUGGGUACUCCCCACUUCAUGGCCCCGGAGGUAGUGAAGAGGGAGCCAUAUGGCAAACCUGUGGAUGUGUGGGGGUGUGGAGUCAUCCUCUUCAUCCUCCUGUCUGGCUGUCUCCCUUUCUAUGGCACCAAGGAGCGUCUCUUUGAGGCCAUCAUCAAAGGGAAAUACAAGGUAAUGAACCCUCGCCAGUGGGCCCACAUCUCAGAGAGCGCUAAAGACCUGGUGAGACGCAUGCUGAUGCUGGACCCCGCCGAGAGGAUCACCGUCUACGAGGCCCUCAACCACCCCUGGCUCAAGGAGAGAGACAGGUAUGCCUACAAGAUCCACCUGCCUGAAACCGUGGAGCAGCUGAGGAAGUUCAACGCCAGGAGGAAGCUGAAGGGUGCAGUGCUGGCUGCUGUUUCCAGCCACAAGUUUAACUCUUACUACGGAGACCCCCCAGAGGAGCUACACGACUUCUCAGAUGACCCCACCUCCUCAGGGGCAGUGUCGCAGGUUUUGGACAGUCUAGAGGAGAUUCAUGCCUUGACGGACUGCAGCGAGAAAGACAUGGACUUCCUCCACAGUGUCUUCCAGGAUCAGCACCUCCACACCCUGUUAGAUCUUUAUGAUAAAAUCAACACCAGGUCGUCCCCUCAGAUCCGAAACCCUCCAAGUGAUGGAGUGCAGAGAGCCAAAGAGGUACUGGAAACCAUUUCUUGUUACCCAGAGAACAUGGAGGCCAAGGAGCUCAGGAGGAUUCUUACACAGCCACACUUCAUGGCGUUGCUGCAGACCCACGAUGUCGUCGCCCAUGAGGUCUACAGCGACGAGGCACUGAGGGUGACGCCCCCGCCCACUUCACCUUACCUGAACGGAGACUCUCCGGACAGCACCAACGGAGACAUGGACCUGGAGAACGUCACCAGGGUUCGCCUCGUCCAGUUCCAGAAGAACACUGAUGAGCCCAUGGGCAUUACUCUGAAAAUGAACGAACUCAACCACUGCAUUGUGGCUCGCAUCAUGCACGGUGGAAUGAUUCAUCGACAAGGGACUCUGCAUGUCGGAGACGAGAUCCGAGAGAUUAAUGGCAUCAGUGUUGCCAAUCAGACGGUGGAACAGCUCCAGAAGAUGCUGAGAGAGAUGAGGGGUAGCAUCACCUUCAAGAUUGUCCCCAGUUACCGAUCCCAGUCCAUGUCUUGUGAGAAGGAGUCCCCAGAUUUGUCCCGACAGUCGCCUGCAAACGGUCACGCUAGUGUUACGAGCUCCAUCCUGGAUCUGCCAUCGACGAUCCAGCCAAAAGGCCGCCUGAUCUCCAGACCUGCUAUCAAGGACAAAUUGUCCAUCAAGAUUUACGUACGUGCUCAGUUUGAGUAUGACCCCGCCAAAGACGACCUCAUCCCGUGCAAGGAGGCUGGCAUUCGUUUCCGGGUGGGCGACAUUAUUCAGAUCAUCUCCAAGGAUGACCACAACUGGUGGCAGGGGAAGCUGGAGAACACGAAGAACGGCACAGCGGGCCUCAUCCCUUCACCCGAGCUCCAGGAAUGGCGUGUGGCGUGUAUAGCCAUGGAGAAGACCAAGCAGGAACAACAGGCCAGCUGCACCUGGUUUGGCAAGAAGAAGAAACAGUACAAAGACAAAUACCUGGCCAAGCACAACGCAGUGUUUGACCAACUAGAUCUGGUGACUUAUGAGGAGGUGGUCAAACUGCCGUCGUUCAAGAGGAAAACUCUGGUCCUGCUUGGUGCUCAUGGAGUUGGCAGGAGGCACAUCAAGAACACGCUCAUCACCAAACAUCCUGACCGCUUUGCCUACCCCAUCCCCCACACGACUCGGCCUCCAAAGAAGGACGAGGAGAACGGGAAGAACUACUACUUUGUGUCACAUGACCAGAUGAUGCAGGACAUCAGUAACAACGACUACCUGGAGUACGGCAGCCACGAGGACGCCAUGUAUGGGACCAGGCUGGAAACGAUCAGGCAGAUCCAUGCACAGGGCAUGAUCUCCAUCCUGGAUGUGGAACCACAGGCGUUAAAGAUCCUCAGGACAGCCGAGUUUGCUCCUUAUGUCGUCUUCAUCGCAGCUCCCACCAUCACUCCAGGAAUGACCGAGGACGACUCCCUGCAGCGGCUGCAGAAGGAAUCGGAGAUGCUUCAGCGGACCUACGCCCACUACUUCGACCAGACCAUCAUCAACAACGAGAUCGACGACACCAUCCGGCUGCUGGAGGAGGCCGUGGACUUGGUGUCCACCACCCCCCAGUGGGUGCCCGUCUCCUGGGUGUACUGACACACACUCAACGACAACGAGCUCAUCUCCACCGCCGCCAUCUCUGAUCAGACACAGAUGCUAAACUUUGGUCAAACCCCCCGAGUCACGUCUCUGUCAUCAGAAUCAUCAUGUGUGUAGAUAAACUGUCGGCGAAAAAGAGGGAAAGACUCUGACGCCUCACUGCAGAGACUUCAUCCUGGCCCCGCCCCCUUUUUCUCCACAGACUCAAAGGCAUAUUGAUGUGUACAUAUAUACAUAUAUAUAUAAAUGAUAAAAACUACGUGAAUAUGGUUCUGUCCUUGAAUAGUCGACGACGGGGAGUGGAGGGGCAGUGUGGUAGAUAUUUUGUACUUUUCUUUUCUAAUCGAUGGAUGGCUGGUUAAUCCUGGAAAGGCAAUAGUGAGCAUGACCAUAAAGCAGUCUUCUGUGGGUGCCUGUGUGCGUGUUGACCUUUUAAGGCACGUGUUGUGGUACUGUGUCCUCCUCUCCGACGCCCCCCUCUAAUCCCAUCGGCCUCUGUGACGAGCACGCCGAGCUUUGAAGCACAUUAGAAGCUGCUACAGUGGCGACAAACAAACUCCCUCAGCGACAAAUGCAAGUUUGAGAGAAGCAAAAAGCACAGGAAACUUGGCAGUUUCUCCCUCCCUCACCGCGGCCCCUCUGUGCCUGUCAGUCUGUUGAAGGAGCACACCGCAUCCCUCCGACGCCGUCUCUCCACGUGUUGCUGUUGUACCAUGCUUCCCUUCCCGACCUCUGAUGUUUACAUCUCAGUUUGCACAAAAAGGACAAUGAAGAAGACGUGUUCGGCAUCGUCACCUCACCGUUUUUACCUUUCGCUCUCUGGCUGUGCUCACCCCGCCCUUCCGAACAGCGGACCUGGACUAGCGUUCUCAUGACCACUAAACAUGGCUGAAAAAACUCAAGGAAAGGAGAGCCGAACCGCCCAAUCAGAGCCUUGGGGAUGACGUCAGUAACACCUAUGCACACCCCUGGAUUCUGCCAGGCAGGCCGCCACGAGAACCACUUUCCUUAAAAAAAUGAAAAAAAGAGCCAUGCUUGUUGAAAUCAAGUGUUGAUAGGAAUGUGUGGGGGAGGGUAAAUCAAUCUUAGAGCCACCGUUUUGGAACUGUUAACUGUCGUCUUUAAAAAUAUUAAAAGGAGUAUUCUUGUUUUGAGGGAGAGAAAAAUAACUCUAAAUUUUGUGUGUAAAUGUUUCAAUGGUGCGUACGUCAUACGAGUGAAUUACCAAGAGCCAGUGUAUAUUAAUCCUUAAAAGAAGCUCGGUAUGUGACAUAACCUCUUCAUGCUUCACCUGAAGAGGCCGGACGCCGCCACGCCCGCAGCAGAAAAAGGUACGACAGCUCCAGGUCUUAAAAAAUAAAACACUCGAGUCUGUGUGGCGUGGCCGCCGUCGGGCCGCUUCGGCUGAAGCGUUUUCAUUUCAAGUCCUGUGUAAAUUACCUCUGCAAAUGACAAAAGCAGCUCUUCUGUAUGAAAUGUUGUUCUUUUUUGUUAUUUCAUUUUUAAAAAAAUAUAUUUCCUUUUACGUGUUUAAAGUA